AUGGCGGCUGAGGCUGCCCCCGGAGCCACAGAGGCUUACCCUGCGGAUAUCCUGCAGGACAACUCCGAGGGCAAGCAGGCAGCUGCACAGGUUUACUAUGACUUGCUCAGGGAAGGAGUCCAGGCCUCAGCAGAAGUUUUCUCCCUUCCCACUGGGGAGCAGGUCAGACUUGAAACUUCAUCUCUUCGAUUUUGCGCUAUGUACCGUGACGAACCUCAACAUAAAUUACUGACUUUGGUUAGUCCCCAGGACACAAAGACAGUUGUGGCUGUCUAUUUAAAAGACUCCUGGUGGUCCAUUGAAGACGUCCUAAGAACUUCUGAUCCCACAAGGGAAGGGCUCGUGAAGGUUCAGUCCUUCGGGGAAAGGAUUGUACUUUUUGUUCUCAACACCAUUGUUUUUGGAAGACUGGAGAGAAGUCUGGAUGACGAUGACAUGUUUUUCUUACCUCACCCGGCGAAGGAGCAAGCUAAGAUUCUGUGGAGAGAUGGUGCAGCCGUUGGAUUUUAUUCAAUCAAAAUGAAAGGCAGCCUCUGUGGUGACGGCACCGGUGCAUGCUACCUGCUGCCUGUCUUUGACACUGUGUUUGUGCGGAAGAAGAACCGCAGCCGAGGCCUGGGGACAGCCAUGCUGAGGGACUUCUGUGAUACCUUUCGAGAAGAUGAAGCCCUGGGUAUCAGUUGCCCAAUUUCUCCUGCAAUGUACAAAGUCCUCAGGCGGUUCCUGUUGAUCCAUCCAGGCGAGAGAGGGCGCUUGUGGGAGGUGGAGCCCCCGGGGGCCUGGGGCCAGCGCACCAACAUCUGGCUCAAGGUUUGUCUUCAGGAGCGACCUCGAGAUGGGACCACAGUGCGUCCUAAAUGCUCUGAAGAGGACACAAACAGCCCGAGGCAGACUUCUCAGGGUGAUGGACGCACACAAUUUGAUCGUGGAGAAAGCCAUAAGGAGUGGAUCGCUGAAGAACGGGAGACACAGAGUGACCAAGAAUGUGUCAAAAGAGAGGAGGAAGCUGGAAUGCCCCCGAGAUCCUCCUGGGAUGAGACGGAGGGCAAGGGAGCCAAGAGGACAGUGCCAGUCGCUGGGCUGGCACAAAAUAUUGCUGUGGAAGCAGGAGAGAAAGCAGUGGCUGCUGUUCCGAGCUUGAACCGCCACAAUCACAAGAAGGAGUCCCAGAUUGUCCAAGCUGAACCUCUGAGCAGAGAGAAAUCCUGGGCCAGCUUCACACAAGAGAUCAGGAUAGAGGAAUUGCCUUUCAUGCCAGAAUGA